UUCAUUUGGGAAUUUGUUUGCAGAAUUGUAACAGAUUAAUUCUAUAUGUUUUAUGAUACGAAAUAAUAAUAAUUUAAAAAGGAAAAAACAAAAAGAGAAAAAGAAAAGAAAAGGGGAGAAAUUAGUUUGAGAGUUAUUUCACUUAUUUGGCAAUAAGCAGGGGAUUAGUGGGCAAGAGACUGAGUGACAAAGAGCAAGAAGAGUGAGAGCAUCGAGCAUCAGCGAUGAAGGCUUCAACUUCAGGUUGGUGCCUUGGCCCUACAACUGCAUCGCAUCCUGGCUUCUCACGAAAUGGAUGCUCCUUCCUUGGCGCUUCUUCUUAUGCUGCUUCGGUCUUGGUGCACCGCAACAGAGGCAUAAGUUGCUCUUUCCAGAAGGACAGCUCCGUCAAAGUGCUCCGGCGAAUCCUGGAGAGCCCUGGGGUCCACCAGGGCCCCGCUUGUUUUGAUGCUCUGAGUGCCAAGCUCGUUCAAGACGCCGGCUUCUCCUUUUGCUUCACCAGCGGUUUCUCAAUAUCAGCUGCUAGGUUGGGGUUGCCGGACACUGGCCUCAUCUCUUAUGGAGAAAUGGUGGAUCAGGGCCGGCUAAUUAGCCAAGCUGUCUCCAUUCCUGUGAUCGGGGAUGCCGAUAAUGGCUAUGGCAAUCCCAUGAAUGUCAAGAGGACUCUCAAGGGAUACAUUUCAGCUGGUUUAGCAGGAAUCAUUCUUGAAGAUCAGGUAUCUCCAAAAGCAUGUGGCCACACAAGAGGAAGGAAAGUGGUCUCCAGAGAAGAGGCGGUCAUGCGAAUUAAAGCAGCCGUCGAUGCCAGAAGAGAGAGUGGCUCUGAUAUUGUCAUUGUGGCGCGCACAGACUCUCGCCAAGCACUCUCCAUGGAUGAAGCACUCACCAGGGCUAGGGCUUUUGGAGAUGCUGGCGCCGAUGUUCUUUUUAUUGAUGCACUCACUUCAAAAGAAGAGAUGAUGGCUUUUUGUCAAGUUUCUCCCCUCAUUCCGAAAAUGAGCAAUAUGCUUGAAGGAGGAGGCAAAACACCAAUACUCACUCCUCUGGAACUAGAAGAAAUCGGUUUCAAACUUGUUGCUUAUCCCCUUUCCUUGAUUGGGGUUUCUAUACGAGCAAUGCAGGAUUCACUUGCUGCAAUUAGAGGAGGCCGUAUUCCUCCUCCUGGAAGCAUGCCAUCUUUUGAAGAAAUUCAGGAUAUCUUAGGUUUCAACACUUAUUAUGAAGAAGAGAAGCGUUAUGCUACAAGCACAUUUUCAAAGAGAGAUAGCGGUAGCCUAUACAGUAUACAACGGAGAGAUCAAUAUGAUACAGAGCAAACAAGUCAGAGUCCCAAAGAUCCCAUUGUAGAAGUUAUAACUCCUGAAGUGUACAAUAAAUAUGGCGGAGAUGGUUCAAGGGACCCUUUUUCUGGGAUCUGGUCUCGAACUCUAAGAGUCAAAAUAACUGGCAGGGAUGGAUUUGAAAAACUUGAUCUCAGGAUACCUGCUGGAUUUCUGGACGGACUCACAAACAUAGUUCCUGCUUUGGGUGGUGUAAACAUUAAAGAAUUGUUGGACGAUGCUGCAGAGGAAAUCGGGGGGAAAAAGCUGUUAGAUUUUAAUGACAGGAUGGGUGACAGGAUUCAAGUAUUUCUGGAGUGAUUGAACGUUGCCUAGUCUCUCAUUCUCAUAUCUGUGCUAUUCUAGUUGCGUUCUUCGGUUCUUCCUUGGAUUUCCUAUAAAAGCUGUUUAAACAGGAUAACGGAGAUUAGAGGAAGGAAAACUAAAGCAAGGAGGUACCAUUGCAUGCAUGGGUCUAUUAUCCAAAUGUACUACUCACAAUAGUCAAUAGUGUAGCCAUAAAGUGGAAAUCAAUCAAAACUUACUUUAUAUUUCGUUAUAUCCGAGAACAUUUGUUCAAUCAUAAAUAUGCUUGCUUUGGCAAUUCGUACAACAGUCAACACUGAUUGAGAAAAAUAUUAGAUAGUCCUUAUUUUUGCA